AUGCCUCGGGAGCAGUGCGGCUGCACCCACAAUGGCAGAUACCACCUGGCAGGGGAAAGCUUCUGGGAGGGAGAAAAUUGCCAGAGAUUGUGCAGAUGUGACGGCUCCUCCCACGCUGUCCAGUGCUCCCGCUCUGCCUGUGCCCCGGGGGAAUUCUGUGGCACUCGAAAGGGGGUUUAUGGAUGCCACGAACGAACCAACGGCAUCUGCUGGGCUUCUGGGCUGCCCCAUUACACGACAUUUGAUGGGAAGCGAUACAAUUCCCAGGGCACCUGCAGAUAUGUCUUUGCUGAACUGUGUGGGGCAUCACAGUCCUUACCCUUCUUCAGAGUGGAAGUGAAGAAUGAAAACCUGCCCCAUGUUCCUAUGGCUGUGACCUCGGAGGUGUUUGUCCUUGUGAACAGGACUGAGAUCCAUCUGCAGAGAGGGCAGCACGGGACAGUCAAGAUUGAUGGGGUGACUCUGACUCUCCCGGUGCGUCUCCAGAGAAGAGGAAUCGUCGUUUAUCAGGAUGGGUUUCAUACCGUUGUGCAAGCCGACUCUGGGCUGAGUGUCAGCUACGACCUGGCCCACAGCCUCUUUGUCAGCCUCCCCCCUGAGUACCGAGGCCACACCUGUGGGCUGUGCGUGAACCUCAAUGGAGCGGCUGAGGAUGAUUUUGUGAUGCAGAACGUCUCCCAUGGGAAGGACGCCUUCCACUUGGCUUUGGCUGGGAAGUCGGAGGAUGUCCCUGGUUGUGACGAUGGCUGCCCUGAUUCCUGCCCUUUGUGUGAAGAGGAGGAAAGUCUGGUGCAGUCCAAGUCCCGGUGCUGGGUGAUCCAGGACCCUGAUGGGCCGUUCUCCACUUGCCACUCCCAGAUUGACCCAGGCCACUAUCUGUCUGAUUGCAUCUUUGACCUGUGUGUGUCAGGAGGGGAGAGCCGUGCCCUGUGCGAGUCCAUUCAGACAUACGCAGCCGCCUGCCAGAGAGCGAAUGUCUCCAUCUCACCUUGGAGGAAUGAGUCUUUCUGUGACCCUCGCUGCCCAGCAAACAGUCACUACAAGCUUUGUGAGCAUCCCUGUCGGGACCUGUGUGCAGGCUCCUUUCUUGAAAAUCACUGCAGCUCCCUGUGCUCUGAAGGGUGUUUCUGUAAUGACGGGUACCUGCGGAGUGGGGAUCAGUGCGUCCUGCCAGGGCAUUGUGGCUGUGAGCACGACGGACGCUACUAUGGGGUUGGGGACUUUCUCUGGCUCGCUGAUUGCACCCAAAGGUGCAGCUGUGACUCCUCUGGUACUUUCUGGUGUGUCCCCGCCAGCUGUCACCCCGGCCAGCAGUGUGCUGUGAAGGACGGGAAGUUGGGCUGCCAGAGCCAGCUGACCACCUGCACGGUGACAGGGGACCCUCACUACUUCACCUUCGAUGGGGCUGUGGCCCAUUUCCAGGGCACGUGCGCCUACGAGAUCUCACAUACCUGCAACUCCUCCCUCGACUUCUCCUUCCGGGUGGUGGCCGCAAACAGGAAUUUCCGGAAUCCCCGGGUCUCCUUCAUUUACCGAGUGGAACUUUGGCUCAGAACUGGCCGUUUUAAUUCCCACGUCGUUCUGGAGCGAGGCAAAGACGUUCUGGUUGAUAGUGUGAAGACUCCUUUACCAGCUCAGCUGGGACCUGUGGCCAACAUCACAAGGGUGAAGGACAUGGUGACUCUAAAAGCAAAGGCCAACGUGGAGAUCCAGUUUAAUGGCCGCCAUGCUUUGUUUGUCCGUGUGGGCCCGGAGUAUCGGGAGCAGCUGUGCGGGAUGUGUGGGAACUUCAAUGGGGAUCGCAGGGAUGAUAAAGUCAUGCCCAGUGGGGAGAAAGCCCAGGAUGACGCAGAGUUUGGGAAUACCUGGACCUCUGACAUCAGCCCCUCAAGGUGUAAAAAUGACACUGGCAACACAGAGGCAUGUACAAAAUUGGCUGAGUUCCAGCAGCUGUGUGGGAUCCUAACGAACCGCUCCGGGCCUUUUUCUGAGUGUCACUGGCACGAGAGCCCAGUCCCUUACUAUGAAUCCUGUGUCUACGAUCUCUGCCAGUAUGGCCUGGGCAAUCACAUGCUGUGUGCAGCUGUCGAAUCCUAUGAUGAGAUAUGUGCCUUUCACGGUGUGAAAGUAGCAAAGUGGAGGCAAGGGCUGCGCUGUGGUGUCACCUGCCCAGCCAACACCUAUUUUGACUUCUGUGGCCCUCCCUGCCCUGCCUCUUGCAUCAGCCUUAAUUCAUCCAUCCAAUGCACCAAGCCCUGCGUGGCGGGAUGCUUCUGUAGGGAAGGCUAUGUUCUGGAUGCUGGACGCUGUGUGCCUGUGAGCCAGUGCGGCUGCAUGUUGAAUGGUCAGUAUCACAAGCUGGGAGAGGAGGUGAUCCUGACAGACACCUGCAGCAGGAAAUGCAGCUGCCGGCAGCCUGCCCAUCCCAUGCAGUGCCAGGAUCAUGCCUGUGGGGCUCUGGAGAUAUGUAAAGUUGUGGAUGGCGUCCGAGGCUGCUACCCUGUAAAAUUUGGUGCCUUAUGGGUGUUUGGCCACCCCCACUAUCACAUUUUCGAUGGACUUGCUUUUGACUCUAAAGGUACCUGCAAAUACACCCUGAGCAAGUACUGUGGCCCCCCUGGGAAUCUCCCUGACUUCACUGUCCAAGUGGAAAAUGAGCACAGGGGCUCCAUCACGGCGUCCUGGACAUGCCUGGUGGAGCUGGAUGUCUACAGGGAGCAUAUUGCUGUUGCAGUGGGACAGCACGGCCAAGUGCAGGUGAAUGGAUCCCUGGUCAAUCUGCCCCUUGUCCUAGCAUCAGGUAAACUCUAUGCCUAUUACAGCGGCUCAUCUGUCAUCAUCCAGACAGAAUUUGGCCUCUCUGUAUCUUAUGACUGGUCCCACUAUGUGACAAUUACUAUACCUGAGAUUUACUCUGGGCUGGUCUGCGGGCUCGGAGGAGACUUCAAUGGGAACCAAAAGCUAACCUGCCCCGCCAACAGCCACUAUGAGCUCUGUGGACCUUCCUGCCCAGCCUCUUGUGGCCACCCAGCUGUGCCCUCCCGCUGCCGGACUGCGUGUGAAGAAGGGUGCCAGUGUGACCCUGGCUUUGUGCUGAGUGGCACCGACUGUGUGCCUCGGGAGCAGUGCGGCUGCACCCACAAUGGCAGAUACCACCUGGCAGGGGAAAGCUUCUGGGAGGGAGAAAAUUGCCAGAGACUGUGCAGAUGUGACGGCUCCUCCCACGCUGUCCAGUGCUCCCGCUCUGCCUGUGCCCCGGGGGAAUUCUGUGGCACUCGAAAGGGGGUUUAUGGAUGCCACAAGCGAACCAACGGCAUCUGCUGGGCUUCUGGGCUGCCCCAUUACACUACCUUUGAUGGGAAGCGAUACGAUUUCCAGGGCACCUGCAGAUAUGUCUUUGCUGAACUGUGUGGGGCAUCACAGUCCUUACCCUUCUUCAGAGUGGAAGUGAAGAAUGAAAACCUGCCCCAUGUUCCUAUGGCUGUGACCUCGGAGGUGUUUGUCCUUGUGAACAGGACUGAGAUCCAUCUGCAGAGAGGGCAGCACGGGACAGUCAAGAUUGAUGGGGUCACUGCGACCCUCCCAGUGAGUGUCAAUGCAGGAGAAAUCAUCAUUUACCAGGCUGGACUGUACACGGUAGUGAAAACAGAGUUUGGGCUGAGUGUGAGCUACGACCUGGCCCACAGCCUCUUUGUCGGCCUCCCCCCUGAGUACCGAGGCCACACCUGUGGGCUGUGCGGGAACUUCAAUGGGGCUGCUGAGGAUGAUUUUGUGACGCGUAACGGCUCCCUAGGGAAGGAUGCCUUCCACUUCGCUGCAGACUGGAAGUCGGAGGAUGUCCCUGGCUGUGACGACGGCUGCUCUGAUUCCUGCCCUGGGUGUGAAGAGGAGGAAAGUCUGGUGCAGUCCAAGUCCCGGUGCUGGGUGAUCCAGGACCCUGAUGGGCCGUUCGCUUCUUGCCACUCCCAGAUUGACCCAAGCCACUAUCUGUCUGAUUGCAUCUUUGACCUGUGUGUGUCAGGAGGGGAGAGCAGUGCCCUGUGCGAGUCCAUUCAGACAUACGCAGCCGCCUGCCAGAGAGCAAAUGUCUCCAUCUCACCUUGGAGGAGCGAGUCCUUCUGUGCCCUUUCGUGCCCCCCGCACAGUCACUAUGAGCUCUGUGAGACUCACUACAAGGACAUGUGUGCUGGGUCCUGGCUUCAGAAGUACUGCGGGCACACAUGCUCUGAAGGGUGUUUCUGUAAUGACGGGUACCUGUGGAGCGGGGAUGAGUGUGUCUUGCCAGAGCACUGCGGCUGUGAGCACGACGGACGCUACUACGGGAUUGGAGACCACGUCUGGUUCUCUGGUUGUACCCAGAGAUGUAGCUGUGACUCCCGAGACCAUUUCCGUUGCUUCCGAGCGAAAUGCUACCCAGGCCAGCAGUGUGCUGUGAAGAACAGCAAGCUGGGAUGUCAGAGUCUCUUGACGACGUGUGUUGUAACAGGGGAUCCUCACUACUUUACAUUUGAUGGGGCUGUGGCACAUUUCCAAGGCAUAUGUGACUAUGAGAUCUCCCACACCUGCAACUCCUCCUUGGACUUGUCUUUCCGCGUGGUGACAGCAAACAGGCAUUUCCGGAAUCCCCGGGUGUCUUUCGUUUACCGAGUGGAAAUUUGGCUCAGCACUGGCAAUUUUAAUGCUCAUAUUGUCCUAGAGAGAGGCAAAGCUGUCCAUGUGAGUUGA